AUUGAUGACUCUUCUGCAUCUAUUUCUCUGGCCCAGCUUACAAAGUUAUACAUUGGAAACAAAGUUCUGGAGGAAUACCCUGGUUUGGGCUGUAAAUUAUGUGGACUUUGUUUAAGCAGCCAAAAUAGAAGCUUUCCUUGACAUGGACAACUGUGUGGUUAUUCUUGAAUAUUUUAAUUGAUCCCAUGAUGGUCAUUUUAGAUGUGAUACAGUUGUUUCUUUAUGCAAUAAUAGACUUGUAGUCUGUCUGCAUUAGAAAAAUUUUAAACAACCUAAUUUGUUUGAACACAGACUAUGUGAAUUGUGUAAGUGUAUAAAGCUGUUUGCAGGAAUAUACCAAUGUAUAUGUUUGGCAUUGGGGCAAAUUGUUACUUCCUGAAAUAAUUGUAUAUGCCAUGUUUUGCAAUAAGGUUGCUUGCAUUUUCUGCUCAACGAUGUGUACCUUUUGCUUGGGAAAGCACUAGUGAUGGAUUGCUUUUUAAAACAAUAGAUCUAGCUUGUGAAUCAUGCCUUUUUUAAAAAGCAAAUAUUGCAGAAUAGGCAGACUCUUUUGAGGGCCAAGAAGGAAGUUUUCCAAUUUUCCAAAAAUCCUUUUUUCCCUGUCAGAAGUAUGAAACCAAAUUUUAGCAAACAAGAUGAGUGAAAAAAGGGGUUUUCCAUUAGUGCUGUCCCUCUGUUGUCCUUGGCUCUGUUAUAGGUUGUGUCCUUUUUCCCUAGAAUGUAUCCCCCCAAAAUGUUUUAGUAAUCAAUAUUGCUAUAUAAGCUCCUGUUCUGGGAAAAUUAAAUAUUAAAAUUGAUGAUUCUAAAAGUGAGCUGAAAUUGUCCUUUCUUAAUUUUCUAAUGCAUAGUGGUUUAGCAUAGUGCUAAUAUCUUUAGCAGUUUAUAGUUUACUGUUUUUAUUCUUAUGUACUAUAAGGGCCAUAUUUGAAUUUUGGUCUAUUCCUACUAUUGUUUCUUUAGGGGGAGGAAUUGAUGAGUUUUGGAGGUUUGGGGGAUUUUCUUUUUCUUUUUUCUUUUUUUAAAACUAUUUGUAAAUUAAUGUUUGGGUUCAAACAAAUUAGUUGUUAAACAUCUGUAAUCCAGUUUUCUGUAAAUGUUGCUGUUGUUCUAAGCUCUGUUAAUGUUAAGCACUCUUUGUAUAUAAAAUUACAAUAAAAUGUUAAAACUGAUUGCUUGUUUUGUGGAUGAAUGUAAAACUGAAACCCGAUGAAUGACUGAUACGAGUGCUACAUUCUUGAAGGUAUAAGUUAUUAGGAAUCACUCCCUUAGACCCUGCUUAUAUCUAGACUGUUAUAUAAUAUUUUAAAGAUGAAGUUCAUAAAACCUAUUUGGAGCAUUGAAUUUCAAGUUAUGAAAGCCCAGUACACGUCUUUUGCACUUAAUUUGUCACCACUACCUGAAGAGUCUUCUGACUUCUAAUAUCUGCUGCAUAAUACAUUCAGUUAUUCUACUCCUACCUCCAAGCUGUGAGUACAUAUUAUAGUACACUUGAAUUAUUUAUAAGGUUUUAAAAUAUCAAGUGUCUUUCUUUUAACUUAGUCUCAGCCUUUAACUAUUAGAAUAGUAGUAUGCAAAUCUUCAUGUAAGGUACAAACAGGGUCUAAGGUUUGAGUGCCCCCCGUAAAGACACUUCAGCCCUGCAGAUACCCAAACAUCAUGUAGUGACAUAAGGAACUCCCAGUGCCUCUUCCAGGUUAUCCAUGUAAAUAGCUGUUUUUAUGCAAGAUUAGUUAGAUACUGCUCUUUACAGGAUGAGUGGUGUUAUCUUUGGCUGUGUGGUCUUAAAUGUGUUUCUAAUGUGUAUGUCAAAUAAUUACCUGUUAAACAGACUGCCAAUCUGGCUGAAGCCAAUGCUUCUGAAGAAGAUAAAAUUAAAGCAAUGAUGUCGCAAUCUGGCCAUGAAUACGACCCAAUCAAUUACAUGAAGAAACCCCUAGGUCCACCACCUCCAUCUUAUACCUGUUUCCGUUGUGGUAAACCAGGCCAUUAUAUUAAGAAUUGCCCAACAAAUGGGGAUAAGAACUUUGAAUCUGGUCCUAGGAUUAAAAAGAGCACUGGAAUUCCCAGAAGUUUUAUGAUGGAAGUGAAAGAUCCUAACAUGAAAGGUGCAAUGCUUACCAACACUGGAAAAUACGCAAUACCAACUAUUGAUGCAGAAGCAUAUGCAAUUGGGAAGAAAGAAAAACCACCUUUCUUACCAGAAGAACCAUCUUCUUCAUCAGAAGAAGAUGAUCCAAUCCCAGAUGAAUUGUUGUGUCUCAUCUGCAAGGAUAUCAUGACUGAUGCGGUUGUCAUUCCCUGCUGUGGAAACAGUUAUUGUGAUGAAUGUAUAAGAACAGCACUACUGGAAUCAGAUGAACAUACAUGUCCAACAUGCCAUCAGAAUGAUGUCUCACCCGAUGCUUUAAUUGCCAAUAAAUUUUUACGACAGGCUGUUAAUAAUUUCAAAAAUGAAACUGGUUAUACGAAAAGACUACGAAAGCAGUUGCCUCCACCACCACCCCCAGUACCACCUCCAAGACCACUUAUUCAGCGGAACCUACAACCUCUAAUGAGAUCUCCAAUAUCAAGACAGCAAGAUCCUCUGAUGAUCCCAGUGACAUCUUCAUCAACUCAUGCAGCUCCCUCUAUAUCUUCGUUGACUUCUAAUCAGUCUUCCUUGGCCCCUCCUGUGCCUGGAAAUCCGUCUUCUACCCCAGCUCCUGUUCCUGAUAUAACUGCAACAGUAUCAAUAUCAGUCCAUUCAGAAAAAUCAGAUGGACCCUUCCGGGAUUCUGAUAAUAAAAUUUUACCAGCUGCUGCCCUUGCAUCAGAACAUUCAAAGGGAACCUCCUCAAUUGCAAUUACUGCUCUUAUGGAAGAGAAGGGUUACCAGGUGCCUGUACUUGGAACCCCAUCUUUGCUUGGACAGUCUUUAUUGCAUGGACAGUUAAUCCCCACAACUGGUCCAGUAAGAAUAAAUGCUGCUCGUCCAGGUGGCGGUCGACCAGGUUGGGAACAUUCCAAUAAGCUUGGAUAUUUGGUUUCUCCACCACAGCAAAUUAGAAGGGGGGAGAGGAGCUGCUAUAGAAGUAUAAACCGUGGACGACACCACAGUGAGAGAUCACAGAGGACUCAAGGCCCGUCACUGCCAGCAACUCCAGUUUUUGUACCUGUCCCACCACCACCUUUGUAUCCACCUCCUCCCCAUACACUUCCUCUCCCUCCAGGUGUUCCUCCACCACAGUUUUCUCCUCAGUUUCCUCCUGGCCAACCACCACCUGCUGGUUAUAGUGUCCCCCCUCCCGGAUUUCCUCCGGCUCCUGCCAAUUUAUCAACACCAUGGGUAUCGUCAGGCGUGCAGACGUCUCAUUCAAAUACCAUCCCAACAACACAAGCACCACCUUUGUCCAGGGAAGAAUUCUAUAGAGAGCAACGACGAUUAAAAGAAGAGGAAAAGAAAAAGUCCAAGCUAGAUGAGUUUACAAAUGAUUUUGCUAAGGAAUUGAUGGAAUACAAAAAGAUUCAAAAGGAGCGUAGGCGCUCAUUUUCCAGGUCCAAAUCUCCCUAUAGUGGUUCGUCAUAUUCAAGAAGUUCAUAUACUUACUCUAAAUCAAGAUCUGGUUCAACACGUUCACGCUCUUAUUCUCGAUCAUUUAGCCGUUCUCACUCUCGUUCUUAUUCACGAUCACCUCCAUACCCCAGAAGAGGCAGAGGCAAGAGUCGAAAUUACCGCUCACGGUCUAGAUCUCAUGGAUAUCAUCGAUCUAGGUCAAGGUCACCUCCAUAUAGACGAUAUCAUUCACGAUCAAGAUCUCCUCAAGCUUUUAGGGGACAGUCUCCCAAUAAACGUAGUGUACCUCAAGGGGAAACAGAACGUGAAUAUUUUAAUAGAUACAGAGAAGUUCCACCGCCUUAUGACAUGAAAGCUUAUUAUGGGAGGAGUGUUGACUUCAGAGAUCCAUUUGAAAAAGAGCGUUACCGAGAAUGGGAAAGAAAAUACAGAGAGUGGUAUGAAAAAUAUUAUAAAGGUUAUGCUGUUGGAGCACAGCCCAGACCCUCAGCAAAUAGAGAGAAUUUUUCUCCAGAGAGAUUUUUACCACUUAAUAUCAGAAAUUCCCCCUUCACAAGAGGCCGCAGAGAAGAUUUUUCUGGUGGACAAAGUCAUAGAAGUCGGAACAUAGGUGGCAACUAUCCAGAAAAACUUUCAACAAGAGAUAGUCACAAUCAGAAGGAUAAUACAAAAUCAAAAGAGAAGGAGAGUGAAAAUGCUCCAGGAGAUGGUAAAGGAAAUAAGCAUAAAAAACAUAGAAAAAGAAGAAAAGGAGAAGAAAGUGAAGGUUUUCUGAACCCAGAGUUAUUAGAGACAUCUAGGAAAUCAAGAGAACCUACAGGUAGUGAAGAAAAUAAAACAGACUCAUUAUUUGUUCCCCCAAGUAGAGAUGAUGCUACACCUGUUAGAGAUGAACCUAUGGAUGCAGAAUCCAUCACUUUUAAAUCCAUGUCUGAAAAAGACAAGAGAGAAAAAGAUAAACCAAAAGCAAAAGGUGAUAAGACAAAACGGAAAAAUGAUGGAUCUGCUUUAUCCAAAAAAGAAAAUGUUGUAAAACCCACUAAAGGACCCCAAGAAAAACUAGAUGGAGAGCGUGAAAAAUCUCCUCGAUCUGAACCUCCACUUAAAAAAGCCAAAGAGGAGACUCCAAAGACUGACAAUGCUAAAUCUUCAUCUUCCUCUCAGAAAGAUGAAAAGAUAAUUGGUACCCCCAGAAAAGCUCAUUCUAAGUCAGCAAAAGAACACCAAGAGACAAAACCAGUCAAGGAGGAAAAAGCGAAGAAGGACUAUUCCAAAGAUGUCAAAUCAGAAAAGCUAACUAAUAAGGAAGAAAAGACCAAGAAGCCUAAUGAGAAAAGUAAGCCACUUGAUAGCAAGGGAGAAAAAAGAAAAAGAAAAACUGAAGAAAAAAGUGUGGAUAAAGAUAUUGAGUCAUCUUCAAUGAAAAUCUCUAAACUAGAAGUGACUGAAAUAGUGAAGCCAUCACCGAAGCGCAAGAUGGAACCUGAUAUUGAAAAGAUGGAUAGGACCCCUGAAAAGGACAAAAUUUCAUCAACUGCCCCAGCCAAAAAAAUAAAGCUGAACAGAGAAACAGGGAAAAAAAUUGGAAGUGCAGAAACUGUAACCAAUACAAAAGAACCCUCUGAAAAAUUGGAAUCAACAUCUAGCAAAGUUAAACAAGAAAAAGUGAAGGGAAAGGUCAGACGAAAAGUAACUGGAACUGAAGGAUCAAGCUCAACUCUUGUGGACUAUACCAGUACAAGCUCAACUGGAGGCAGUCCUGUGCGGAAAUCUGAAGAAAAAACAGAUACAAAGCGGACUGUCAUUAAAACUAUGGAAGAGUAUAAUAAUGACAAUACAGCUCCUGCUGAAGAUGUUAUUAUUAUGAUUCAGGUUCCUCAAUCCAAAUGGGAUAAAGAUGACUUUGAAUCUGAGGAAGAAGAUGCUAAAUCCACACAGCCUAUAUCAGGUGUAGGGAAACCUGCUAGCAUUAUUAAAAAUGUUAGCACCAAGCCGUCAAAUACAAUCAAGUAUAAUGAAAAAGAAAGUGAGCCAUCAGAGAAAAUUCAGAAACUCACCAAGGAAGCGAGCCAUGAAAUUUUACAGCAUGAUGUCAAAAGUUCAAAGAACUCUGCAUCGAGUGAAAAGGGGAAAACCAAAGAUCGAGACCAUUCAGUGUUGGAAAAGGAAAACCCUGAAAAAAGGAAGAGCAGCACUCAGCCAGAGAAAGAUAGUAAUUUGGACCGUCUGAAUGAACAAGGAAAUUUUAAAAAUCUGUCUCAAUCUUCCAAAGAGACUAGAGCUUCAGAUAAGCAUGAUUCUGUUCGUGGUUCCUCAAAUAAAGACUUCACUCCCAACAGAGACAAAAAACCUGACUAUGACAACAGAGAUUAUUCAAGUUCCAAACGUAGAGAUGAAAGGAAUGAGUUAACAAGAAGAAAAGACUCUCCUUCUCGGAUUAAGGAUUCUGCAUCUGGACAGAAAAACAAACCAAGGGAGGAGAGAGAUUUGCCUAAAAAAGGAACAGGAGAUUCCAAAAAAGGUAAUUCUAGUCCCUCAAAAGACAGAAAACCUCAUGACCACAAAGCCAUUUAUGAUACUAAACGAUCAAGUGAAGAAGCAAAAUCUGUAGAUAAAAAUCCUUGUAAAGAUCGUGAGAAGCUUGUAUUAGAAGCAAGGAACAAUAAAGAGUCAAGUGGCAAUAAAUUACUUUAUGUACUUAACACCCCAGACACACAGAUUGAAAAAGAGCAAGUUACUGGGCAAAUGGACAAGAAUGCUAUCAAGCCUAAGCCCCAGUUAAGCCACUCGUCUCGACUUUCCUCUGACUUAACUAGAGAAACUGAUGAAGCUGCUUUUGAACCAGACUAUAAUGAAAGUGAUAGUGAAAGUAUUGUAUCUAUAAAAGAAGAGGAAACUUCAGGAAAAAUUUCUAAGGAACUGAAAGAUAAAGUGAUAGAGAAAGCAAAAGAGAGUGUGGACACAGCGGCAGGCAGCCAGAUGGGCAUAACCAGGAGCCAGAGUCAAAGCAGUCCUAGUGUUAGUCCAAGUAGAAGUCACAGCCCUUCUGGAAGCCAAACCCGAAGCCACAGUAGCAGUGCCAGCUCUGCAGAAAGUCAGGACAGCAAGAAGAAGAAGAAGAAGAAGGAAAAGAAAAAGCACAAGAAACAUAAGAAGCAUAAGAAGCAUAAGAAGCAUGCAGGCACUGAAGUAGAAUUGGAAAAAAGCCAAAAACACAAACACAAGAAAAAGAAGUCAAAGAAGAGCAAAGAUAAAGAAAAGGAGAAGGAGAAAGAUGACCAAAAAGUGAAAUCUGUCACUGUGUAAAAGGACAGAUUUUAAAAAUUGACUUAAUUACUAAGUCAUCUGUAUUAAAUUUUGUUAUAAUGUAAAGAGAUUCAAGCCUUGUAAAUAAUGACAUGGAAGAUCCUGUGCUGCACUUAAAAUAUUGCUGCUUGAUUAUUUGAUUUUUACAUCAGAGCUUUAUAACACGAACUUUUGUACAGAAUUGUGAGUUGUGACCAUGUAACAUGAGAGGUUUUGCUAGGGCCUAUUAUUUUUAACCACCAUUAAUUAGUUGGGGUGGAGUUACUGUACUGUGAAAUUUUCACAUUUGAAUUUUUUUAAUUGCCUGGCAAAAGCUGAUAUAAGUUCUAAAAUAUCAGCAGAAUGAUUUGCUGAAUUCAUUACAACCCCGUUAUGUCACUUUUUGAUUACAAUAAAAGUUUUCAGUAAACUUUUCAAA